AUGAAAAAAAUAUUUCCAUCAAACAAUUAAAAUGGGAUUUUAGUUGCUGAUCCUGAUCAAACUACUGCCCAAAGGUUCCAUUAAUCACAAACUUCCAAAGCAAAUUUCUCUGUUGUGCCUAGCGAACCUGGGUAAACAUUAUACGAAAUUAUUGAGAAGAACAAACUACAAUAUUUAGAAUAUUAUGGGUUAUAUACGGAAUAAAGGUUUAUGGAAAAUAUGGCAGGUUGUUAUCAAUUAUAAAAUGAUAGGAUUGAUGUCGAUCCCAGAAAAACAAAAAUUGCUUGAAAGUUUCUUAAAUAUGUUUGAGGAGAUGAUGCAAUGCUUAAACACUAUUUAAAAUAACCUAGUAUUGAUUAACUUUACUUCUUAAGACUUUCAACAGAUUUAUAACACUACCCCAGAAAAUGUUGCUAAUUCACUUUUUAAGGAUAUUAAGGUAUUAAGAAUUAUAAUUUAAGACUCUUGAAGGUCUUCAUUUAGAACUACAAUAUUAAUCAUCUCUCAGAUAUUUAGAAACUGUACUUGAGGCACUUGAUCUAAAUCCAGACCAAUCAAAAAAGUUAUACCUAUUAGAUGUGAAGCAAUGGUCAUCCCAAUGUUACACUCACCUAAACCAGCAUAUAACAACCCGUAGUAUGAAAGCUCAAAGUAAAACGUGUUGUUGCUGCAAAGUAUGAAUUAUUA